GCGGCGUUUGACGUCAGUGGGGAGUUAAUUUUAAAUCGGUACAAGAUGGCGGAGGGGGACGAGGCAGCGCGAGGGCAGCAGCCGCACCAAGGGUUGCGGCGCCGGCGGCGGACCAGCGACCCAAGCGCCGCGGUUAACCACGUCUCGUCCACGACCUCCCUAGGUGAGAAUUAUGAAGAUGAUGACCUAGUAAAUUCUGAUGAGGUUAUGAAGAAACCAUGUCCAGUACAGAUUGUUCUUGCUCAUGAAGAUGACCAUAAUUUUGAACUUGAUGAAGAAGCUUUGGAGCAGAUAUUGCUACAGGAGCACAUACGAGAUCUUAACAUAGUAGUGGUAUCUGUGGCAGGAGCUUUUCGUAAAGGGAAAUCAUUUCUACUGGACUUCAUGCUUAGAUACAUGUAUAACAAGGAUUCUCAAAGUUGGAUUGGUGGAAACAAUGAACCAUUGACAGGCUUUACAUGGCGAGGUGGUUGUGAAAGAGAAACAACAGGCAUACAAGUUUGGAAUGAAGUAUUUGUGAUUGACAGACCUAAUGGAACUAAAGUUGCUGUGCUGCUUAUGGAUACCCAGGGUGCCUUUGAUAGCCAGUCAACUAUCAAAGACUGUGCAACGGUGUUUGCUUUGAGCACUAUGACUAGCUCUGUCCAGGUAUAUAAUCUGUCUCAGAAUAUUCAAGAAGAUGAUCUUCAACAUUUGCAAUUAUUUACAGAGUAUGGAAGACUUGCGAUGGAAGAAAUCUACCAGAAACCGUUUCAGACAUUAAUGUUUUUGAUUCGAGAUUGGAGCUAUCCUUAUGAACAUUCAUAUGGUUUGGAAGGUGGAAAGCAAUUUCUUGAAAAAAGAUUACAGGUAAAACAAAAUCAACAUGAAGAGCUUCAGAAUGUAAGGAAGCACAUACACAAUUGUUUCUCAAAUCUUGGUUGCUUCCUUUUGCCACAUCCUGGUCUUAAAGUUGCCACUAAUCCUAGUUUUGAUGGGAGAUUGAAAGAUAUUGAUGAAGACUUUAAACGAGAGCUUCGAAAUCUGGUUCCUUUGCUGCUUGCCCCUGAAAAUUUGGUAGAAAAAGAGAUAAGUGGAUCUAAAGUCACUUGUAGAGAUCUCGUAGAAUAUUUUAAGGCUUACAUCAAAAUUUAUCAAGGAGAGGAACUUCCACAUCCAAAGUCCAUGCUUCAGGCAACAGCUGAAGCUAAUAACCUUGCUGCAGUAGCAGGAGCAAGAGAUAUCUAUUGUAAAAGUAUGGAACAGGUAUGUGGAGGGGACAAGCCUUACAUUGCACCUUCAGAUCUGGAGCGAAAACACUUGGAUUUCAAGGAAGUGGCGAUAAAACAAUUUCGUUCUGUAAAAAAGAUGGGUGGAGAUGAGUUCUGCCGUCGUUAUCAAGACCAGCUUGAAGCUGAAAUUGAAGAAACUUAUGCAAAUUUUAUAAAGCACAAUGAUGGCAAAAAUAUCUUCUAUGCUGCUCGUACCCCAGCCACACUGUUUGCGGUCAUGUUUGCUAUGUAUAUAAUCUCAGGACUGACUGGCUUCAUUGGCCUAAACUCUAUAGCCGUCUUGUGUAACCUUGUCAUGGGGUUAGCACUGACAUUUCUUUGUACUUGGGCAUAUGUUAAAUACUCUGGGGAGUUCAGAGAAAUUGGAACAAUGAUUGAUCAGAUUGCUGAAACACUCUGGGAACAGAGGAGUCCCAGGAAGGUGUUUUCCAAACUGUUUGAAGUUACUAGACGUCGAAUGGUUCAUCGUGCUCUUUCAUCAGCACAGCGACAGAGACUGUCAUCCAACAAUAACAAGAAGAAAAAUUAGACAGUAUUUUUAACCUUUUUCUCUAUCUGAAGUGUUCACACUUAUACAUGUAGGACAAUAAGCAGGACCGUCUGGGCCGGUCUGCAUAAAUGCUGUAUACAUACCAGAUUUGAUGCUGCAUAUAGGGUAUGGAAUUGCACAUCCAUCUCAUAGGAAUUGUAAAUGGUUUGAAUAAGAGGAAAGUAAUUUUUGUUGCAUUAUAUAAUGUCUAGUAGCAUCAUAACUUUUUUUGAGAGAAGCAUCUUUUUAUUUCCCAUAUUCCUGGUUAUUUUCAUCAUUGCUUUGAAUUGAAUUUUUAUAUCUAUUUUUAUAUGUAACUCUUUUUUUACCUCAUGUUUUUGUUUGUUUUGCACAUUUCUCAUACCACAGGUAUUGAAGCCCCUGGGUGAUAAUUUGAUGGAGGAAAACAUAAGGCAGUCUGUAACAAACUCUAUCAAAGCAGGCCUGACUGACCAGGUGUCUCAUCAUGCCAGAUUAAAGACAGACUGACAGUUCAUCUUCUCACGGACUCCACUCUCUUUUUUUUCAUGCUUGCUGUACAAUGAGAACUCAAAUAAAAAUAAACCAAAGUUUACAAUCAACUGUAGAAGUAGUUUAGUGUAACUGGCUUCACAGAUGGCUGCCACAGAGUGUGAAAAUUGUUUGUUAGUUUUAAGCAUUCUUUUAAUGGCUCCUAAGACAUGCAGAUUGGCUGAGGAGCAUUGGUUAAUCAUGCACACUUGUGCCAUGUUUAAUUCUUUUCUUUCUUUUUACUUAAUCUAAUGUUAGUGAAAUUUGUCUUAUGUAAAAGGAUAUUUCAGGGAAAUAUUUUAAGAAAUCUAUUUAGAGUCUCUUUAACACGGUGUCCCAUUGAAAUUUUAAUUUUUAGAGAAUUUAUGAAUCACUGUUUCAAGAACCAGAUUGGAAUGACAAUGAAGCCUUUAUUGAGCCACUACAUUAAAAGUAUAUAUUGCUUUACUGCCUUCAGUACCAGUAUUACAUAAAUGCAUGUAUCAGAAACUUCACAGAAAUUACAUGGCAACUCUUGUAGCUAAGAAAGUAAUUCUGAGGUGUACAUUUGUCUUGCCUUUUUAAAUUUAUAAACCUGCCCUAAAAGGAGAUGCAUAUCUGGGAAACUGAACUGUCUUUUUGCAGUUUAGCCUUCAUGUACAUAAAAUAUGCCGUUAAUUUUAUUGGGGGAGAAACUCCAUCCAAAAAUGUUGCCUACAGCUAUGAGUUAAGAGUGUCUGUACAGUGUGUAGCUUUUAUUUUCUAAAAUCACAGAUAGGGCAUGUAUAUGAAUUAUAAAUAUAUAAAUACAAUUUUGUAUUAAAAGUUUUGUAGUUUAUGGCAAAAUCUGGUCCUGUGGUAGGCUAAAUAAGUGCAGUCCCUGUGAAAGGAAUGUUUGUGGCUCAUGUCAGUGUGUGAAUGCAUAGACAAUUUGAAGUUUUUGAUAUAUUUGUGAUAUUUAUCUUGAGCACUGCAAUCUCACCCCCCCUUCCAAGGGAAUUCAAUGGGAAUGUUUAUUGUGACUUUGUCCUCUGUUGCAUUUUAAAAUUAUUUCCUGUAAUUUAUUUUCAGUACAUAAUUAAAAAUUUGUUGUAUAUAUAAAAUGAAACUUGUGAUUCUUUUCCAAAGAAUUUUUCAAGUAUUAUUCCACUGCAUAAAAAACAUUUGUUUAUUAUAGUGAAAAGAGCAUGAGCAGGAAACACCCCAGUUGAGAGCUCUAAGGUGUUGUACCUUAAAGCUAACCUUGUAAAAAGUUACUUUUUCUGCGUUAGUUUCUAUAAGGGAAAACCCAUGAUUAGCCUAGUUGUAGUUGGGGAUUAUUAAUUUCUUUUUUUCUCUUCUUUUUUUUUUUUUUUUUGGUGGUAUAUGUAAGGCUAACAUUUUUUCAGUGCAUUUAUGGUCUUCUUUAUGAACAUUUAAAGUACCUAGUUUGGUUUUUAAGCAGAGAAAAUGCAGGUGUUGAGUUGCAUGUGUGAACACUCUGAAUUUGCUUUGGUUGAUACGUUUCCUCCCAUUCCCUUUCAGAUUCUGUUUUUAUAUGGAUUGUAUUUGUUUCCAUCUGUAUUAAAUUGCUACCUUAUUCA